AUGCCUCCUAAGAGAAUUUUAACACAGGAAGAUGCAGAAAACGUUAAACGCAGAAGAAAAGAAACUCAACGUAUACGUCGGACACAUAUGACUGAACAACAAAGGGUAACUCGACGUAAGAAGGAUUCUGCAAACAAAUGGAUUUGUAGGGCCAAUAUGACUGCUCAGGAAAAAGCUCUCCAACUGGACAUGCAAAGAUCACGUUCUGCUGCCCGUAGACAAAAUAAUACAGAUCGCACUAACAUCACUAUCCCUAAUCAAUAUAACGCAAGUUAUAACCAUUCACUAUUUAAUGAAGACAAUGUCCAGAUGCACACAUGUGGUCAACUUAAUGUUUUUUGCAAAUUUUGCAUGGCGAAGCAUUUUCCAGAGGAACAACCAAGCGAUAAGCUUUUUAAUAAAUGCUGCAAUAAAGGCAAAAUAACAUUACCUCAUAUACAAAUUUCACCACUGAUCCAACAACUAAUGACUGGACAUCACACACAUUCAAAGAAUUUUAUGCAAAAUAUCCAUUCUAUAAAUAGUGCAUUGGCGUUUGCAUCAAUGGGAGCAAACAUUGCACCACCUCCAGGAUAUGGCCCAUACUGUUUUAGAAUAAAUGGACAAAUUUAUCACCGAUCUGGUGCUUUGCAUCCAAAAAAUGAUGAUCAACGCAAAUUUGCACAACUCUACAUUUUGAGUCCUGAGGAAGCUGCGGACCAACGAGCGGCACUAAAAGAAAAUUCAGGAUGUCACAUUGAACUUUUGAGGGAGUUAAGUUCAUAUAUGUCUCAGUAUAACCCUUUCGCAAAAGCAUGUAAAAUGCUCUAUGAGGUAGAGCAAGAAUGCAUCCAUGAAGCAUCUUUAAAUGGAGUUCAAACUUCUAAAGUUUCAAUGGUAAUUCUGCAGGACAGAACAUCAGAUUGCCGAAGAUAUAACGUACAAAGAGUUAAUGAGGUGGCUGUUAUUUUCCAAAAUUCUGAUGGUGAACCUCCUCUUGAACGUGACCUUCUUAUUCAUUGCCGAUCUACAGAUCAAACAAAAAAAACAGAAAGAAUAAGUGUCUUAGAUCCUAAUCUUGAACCAUUGCUUGCUGGCAAGUUGACACAGCUGUACUUUGUUGAUGCUUACGUCAAGACUGAGGCCAACAGACUCAACUAUAUCCGUCAAAAUCAAUCUAACCUUUGCAUUGAAAAAUAUACAGGAUUAAUGGAUUACAUUCAAAGUGAGGCUGCUGCACAGGGCCUGAUGCCUGGAAAAGCAGUUAUUUUGCCAUCAUCUUUUCAGGGAAGUCCACGAAAUAUGGCCCAAAACUACCAUGAUGCUAUGGCCAUUGUUAGAAAAUAUGGAAAACCGGAUUACUUCAUCAACAUGACCUGCAACCCUAAAUGGCCUGAGAUAGUUGAUAACCUAUUAGAAGGUCAAGCAGUGGAGUUCAGACCAGAUUUGGUAGUAAGAGUUUUCAAUCUCGAAUUAAAUUCUCUUUUGCAUGAUAUCUUGAACAAACAUGUUCUUGGAAGUCCUUGCGCAAAAGUGCAUGUUAUAGAGUUUCAAAAAAGAGGAUUACCACAUGCUCAUAUCCUUUUAAUAUUGAAAGCCGAAGACAAGCCAAAUGAUGCUGAAACCAUUGACACUUUUAUAUCAGCUGAAAUUCCUGAUGAACAUAUUUAUCCCAGACUACAUGCUAUUGUAAUAAAGCAUAUGAUACACGGUCCAUGUGGAGAACAUAAUUUAAAUUCUCUGUGCAUGGUUGAUGGUAAUUGCAGCAAGAAUUUUCCUAAAAAAUUUCAAGAACAAACUUUAAUUAAUGUUGAUGGAUAUCCUCGAUAUCGGAGACAAAAAAAAUUAGACCACAGUAAUGUCAAAGGGAAAAAAAUUGACAACUCAUGGGUAGUUCCAUAUAGCCCAUACUUCUGCUUGAAAUACAACUGCCAUAUAAAUGUAGAGAGUUGUGUUUCUGUUAAAAGUGUUAAAUAUCUCUUGAAAUAUGUAUAUAAAGGUUACGAUUGUGCAAAUAUUUCCAUUAAGGAACAUUAUACACUACAGCAUGAUGAAAUUCAAAAUUUUUUGGACACAAGAUAUGUCAGUGCUCCUGAAGCUGUUUGGAAGUUGUAUGGUUUUUUGAUGCACCAUCAAACACAUACAAUAAUAAGACUUCAAGUUCAUCUUCCAGGCGAACAAGAUGUAUAUUUCCAUAAUGAUAACAUACAAUUAGCUGCAGAAAAGGCACAAGACAGGGAUACCACUUUGACAGCAUACUUUAAGUUGAAUGUUGAUACUCAUGCUGCACGUGAAUUUUUUUACUCUGACAUUCCUCAACAUUAUGUAUUUGAUGUAAAAACCCGUAACUGGAAUCCAAGACAAAGAGGAGCAGAUACAACAAUUGGCCGAUUGUAUAAUGUAAAUAUUUCAUCGGAUUUGGAGAGAUUUUGUUUGAGGUUACUGCUCUUGCACUUAAAAGGAGCAAUAUCCUUUAAGGACUUACGCACUGUUAAUGGACAAGUUUGUCACACAUUCAAAGAAGCUGCCCAAAAGCUUUCACUUUUAGAUGACGACGCUACAUGGGAUCUUACACUUAACGAAUCAGCAUCUCAACAAAUGCCUAAACAAAUGAGGGAACUGUUUGCUUAUUUCUGUAUCUUUGUUGUCCCACCUAAUGUCCCACAACUCUUUGAAAAAUACAAACAUGAUCUUUAUGAAGAUUAUUCACAUCAUGAAGGCCACAUCGAUGAUUGCAAAAGUUGCAAACAUUUUGCAUUAACAGAUAUUCUAAAUGUACUCAUAUUACAUGGUAAACGUUGUGUAGAUUUUGGACUACCCAAUCCAUCAAACUUCAUUCCAGACAUGCAAUUCAACUAUGUUACACAGUUGGAAGCCCAAGUUGGAGCACAACUUCAAGAAGCACUAAACAUCGAGCAAAAAGCUGCAUUUGACAAUGUUCCCAAUGAGUUCAUACGUAAUGCUCAAUUGCUUAUUUGGGAUGAGGCCUCAAUGACACCCGGUAUAGCUCUAAAAUGUGUAAAUAAGCUCCUUCAGGAAAUUAUGCAGAUCAACAAGCCCUUUGGUGGAAAAGUUAUACUCCUUGGUGGGGACUUCCGACAAACACUCCCAGUUCUUCCUUAUUGCAAUAGAACUGCUAUUGUGGAAGCUACUAUAAAGUUCUAUGAUCACUGGGAUAAAUUCAAAAUUUUAAAAUUGCAGAAUAAUGUGCAUUCGGUGGAUCCAGAAUUUAGCAAUUGGCUACUACAAUUAGGACAGGGUUCAUUAAAUAAUUCAGAGGGCCUUCCUGAGGAUUUAGUUGAGAUCCCUUCCAAAUUAAUAUGCCACGAUUGUAUCAUAUCUGAAAUUUUUGGAAAAAGACUUCUUCCAUCUGAUCUUCACAGUUUUUCAAAAAAGGCCAUUUUGUGUACAAAAAAUUGUCAUGUUGAUCAAAUCAAUGAACAUGUAUUAAAUAUACUCGAUGGUGAUGAAAAAAUAUAUCUAAGUUCAGAUUCAAUUGACGAUCAGACAGAUGAAGAUGCUCAAAACUAUCCCAUAGAGUUUCUAAACGAAUUAGCUCCAUCAGGAAUGCCUCUUCAUAACUUAAAAAUAAAAUUGGGAAGUAUUAUUAUGUUGCUCAGAAAUCUGAACACAAAAAGAGGGUGCAAUGGAACAAGAUUGAUAGUUAAAGAUCUUAAGCCCAAUCUAAUAAUUGCAGAGGUCCUCACAGGAACAGCUCAAAACCAGAUGGUGUUUAUUCCAAGAAUAGAUUUAGCCCCUGCCAACACUGAACUACCAUUCAUUUUACGAAGGAGACAGUUUCCAAUCAAACUUGCCUUUGCAAUGACCAUCAACAAAUCACAAGGUCAAACGUUAGACAAAGUUGGAAUAUUCCUUCCAGAACCAGUAUUCAGUCAUGGACAACUUUAUGUUGCAAUGUCUCGAGUUCGUUCAAAGCAAGGAAAGAUAUUACCAAACAAGCAACAAUAUUCUUCAUGUACAUUUUAA